AUGGUCCUGGUCAUGAAACUUCUGUUCCUCACCUGCCUAUGGCCAACAGCAGUGCUACACAGUUCUCACAGUCAGCAUCACCGUCUUCAUCAUCGGCAACAAAUGUCAUUCUCAAGGAAACAUAACAGCAAACGAGAAAUUAAAAUGAGGAAACUUGACAGCACAAAGGUCCGACCACUUAAAACUGAGCAGCUUCUUCACAUAGAGGACCAUGACUUUGCACUGAGACCUGGAUUUGGAGGGUCACCAAUACCUGUGGGCAUUGAUGUGCAGGUGGAGAGCAUUGACAGCAUAUCUGAAGUUGACAUGGACUUCACAAUGACUUUGUAUCUCAGACACUACUGGAAGGAUGAGAGACUCUCAUUCCGUAGCAACAAAAACAAAAGUAUGACUUUUGAUGGACGGCUGAUAAAAAAAAUCUGGGUACCUGAUGUGUUUUUUGUGCACUCCAAAAGAUCUUUCAUCCAUGAUACAACUGUGGAAAACAUCAUGCUCAGAGUGUACCCUGAUGGCAACGUCCUCUUCAGUCUGAGAAUAACAGUUUCUGCUAUGUGCUUCAUGGAUUUCAGUAGAUUUCCUCUGGACACACAGAACUGUUCUUUAGAACUGGAAAGCUAUGCAUACAAUGAAGAUGAUCUCAUGUUGUACUGGAAACAUGGCAACAAGUCCCUGAGCACAGAUGAGCACAUCUCCCUCUCCCAGUUCUUCAUUGAGGAAUUCAGUGCUUCCAGUGGACUUGCUUUUUACAGCAGUACUGGUUGGUACAAUCGGCUUUUUAUCAACUUUGCACUCCGCAGACAUAUUUUCUUUUUUGUGCUGCAAUCCUAUUUCCCAGCCAUGCUGAUGGUCAUGCUGUCUUGGGUUUCCUUUUGGAUUGAUAGAAGAGCUGUUCCUGCCAGGGUGUCAUUAGGUAUAACUACAGUGCUGACAAUGUCAACCAUCAUGACAGGAGUAAGUGCCUCAAUGCCUCAAGUGUCUUACAUAAAGGCUGUGGAUGUGUAUUUAUGGAUCAGCUUCCUUUUUGUCUUCCUGUCAGUCAUCGAGUAUGCAGCAGUGAACUAUCUCACCACAAUUGAAGAGAGAAAACAACUCAAAAAAAGGGGCAAGGCUUCAGGAAUGUACAGCAUGGAUGCAGUGCAAGCAAUGGCUUUUGAUGGCUGCUUCCAUGACACAGAUGUGGACAUGGACCUGACUCCCUUCCCAGACCCCUGUGAGGAGAGUGAGACCAGGACAAGCCAAACCAACAUCUCCAAUGAGGACACACCUCGCUUGAAGAGGAAGAGAUCUCUGAAGGGAAACGUGGGCAGGAUUAUUUUACAGAACAAUCACGUUAUUGACACGUAUUCCAGGAUUAUAUUUCCCAGUGUAUAUAUUGUGUUCAACUUUUUUUACUGGGGUUUGUACAUAUGA